UUCCGCUGCCGUUGCUGUGAUACGUGACGUCAUCAUCAGCUAUGGCAGACAAGGAGAAGCGCCGGUCCGGUGCUGGAGCUACUCCUCCUUCAGGGCAGCCGGAGGGGGUUAAAUCAGCCGCCACCAGGUCAGACAGCGAACGGGAGUUCCUGUCUCAGCUCGGCGUCGGAGAGCUGCUCCGCGGGGCCAUCCUGAAGAUGGUGGAGGCCAGAUCAGACGACCCCAUCGGGUUCCUAGCGGACCACUUCUGUAACCUGUCCUCCGUCUCAGAGACCGGCUCAGCUGGAUGCGGCGACGCGGAUCAGCAUCACUCCAUCAACGGGCCGCUGAGCGCAGGCGCGCUGGAGCAGCAGCAUCUCAACCGGGCGCUGUGGCACCUGCGGCUGGCUCACCACUCCCAGAGAUCCGCCUUCAGCAACAACGUCCGUGUGGCCUACGACCUUUUGAGCCUCACUGGGCCCCGUAGACGUCCAGGUGAGGCUCCAGAAUGCCCCGAUGGCUCCUGCACCGGCAGCCCGACAGAAGGAGGAGGAGGAGGAGGAGGAGGAGGAGUAGGAGGAGGAGGAGUGAGAGGAGGCCUCUACACGCAGACUCUGGAGUGCCUGUGCAGCGAGGGUGGAGUCCCCGCCUCCACAUCCGCCCCGCUCCUCCGACGCCUCCUCUGCCAAGACCACGAGGCCGUCCCUUACGACGUCUUCCGUCACGGUGUGCUCACGUGUGCAGUUUUCUCAGACUACAUCCGGCAGGCUCAGAGGCUUUACGCUGAAGUGUGCUGCCCGGACGAAGGGCCUGCCUCGCGGGCCCUCUGCCUGGCCGUGCUGGGGACCUUAAAGGAAGCCCUGGAAACCUCCCAAGGCUGUGAGGCAAACUGCUGCGUCAAUGCCAACACUAAAGCUAACUCCUGUCUGGAGGCUAAUGUGAAGGCUAUACGCUACCUGGAGGCCAGCGCCAAGAUCUCUCCAUACAAGCUGGGUCAUGCCAUGGAGGGAGCACAGACACGGGGCCCGGGCGGUAACAUGGACGCAAAGGAGUUUGAGAACGCAGCGGCAGAACUCUUUAUCACUCGAGUGAAAGUUGUGUCAUAAUGUCUCAUAAUUUAUGAAUGUACAACAAUCUAAAGUAUAUCCUAAAGUAAAUAAAUGACCUUGUGUGCACCUCCUCUUACCUCUAACCUGCACUCACACUUAUUACCUCCUCUCAAGAAUGACACUAAACCCUAUAAUUCCAUUGUUUGGAAGAUAACACUAAUUGUAAAACCUAUUGUUUUUGAUGUCUGUUAUUGAACUUAUUAAAGUGGAAGAGAUGAGAUAUCGACAUCUGCUGUGCUGUGUGAAGGACAAGGAGUUCCUCUAAAUGUAUUCCUUGAGAUCAGUAUCGAUCCUUCCAUUAUUGUUCAGCCGUUUGCAAUGAAAUGCUCAGAUUAGAAAGUAACACUCUACUGAUCUACACCCAAUGCAAUCUAAUACAACAACCCUGUAAUGCUUUUGUUGUUGAGAGGGAUGUUGAUUAGGAACUCUGUCGUUUGUGAUGCUGUUUGUAUUGCAUUAUAUUUAAGUGUUUCUAUUGUUUUGUUAACCAUUUUAGAAACUGUUUGACAGGAGCCAAUCCAGAUGACGGCAUUGUAGCAGGAAACAUUUUGGGGAAUAAACGUGGAAUGUUCCUUUAUUUCACUUA